UUUUCCCAAAGUAAUUCAAAAAAAAAAAAUUAGAUAACCAGAAACAGUAAAACACUCUCACUCACACUAAUGGCACUCUAGAUUCUUCAGAAUCUCAAUUCAUCAAUGGCUCUCCCUCAGCUCAUUCCCUCCCCUUCUUCUUCUUCUUCCUCCCUCCACCAUAAACCUUCCUUCAAUCCCAAUCCGCUCCCCUAUCCCCUAUCCCCAAACCCUAAUUUCUUCUCUUCCCGCCUCCGCCGCCAGCGACGCCGCUCUUCCUCCCUCAAAUGCUCCGCCUCCUCCUUCUCCGAGCGCCACCACACCAACUCCAAGUCCGACGACGUCGUCGAGCUCCCGCUCUUUCCCUUGCCGCUCGUCCUCUUCCCCGGCGCGAUUCUGCCGCUGCAGAUCUUCGAGUUCCGGUACCGAAUGAUGAUGCACUCGCUCCUCCAGACCGAUCUCCGCUUCGGCGUCAUCUACAGCGACGCCGUCUCCGGCACUGCCGACGUCGGCUGCGUCGGCGAGGUCGUCAAGCACGAGCGGCUCGUCGACGACCGGUUCUUCCUGAUUUGUAAAGGUCAGGAACGUUUUAGGGUUACGGACCUGGUCCGGACCAAGCCCUACCUGGUGGCGGAGGUCAAGUGGCUGGAGGACCGGCCGUCCGGCGACGGUGAGGAGGACCUGGACACAUUGGCCACCGAGGUUGAGUCCUACAUGAAGGACGUGAUUCGGCUCUCCAACCGGCUCGGCGGCAAGCCGGAGAAGGAGGUGCAGGACCUGAGGCGGAACCUAUUUCCGACGCCGUUCUCGUUCUUCGUCGGAAGCACUUUCGAAGGCGCGCCGAGGGAGCAGCAGGCCUUGCUGGAGUUGGAGGACACGGCGGCGAGGCUGAAGAGGGAGAAGGAGACGCUGAGGAACACGCUCAAUUACUUGACGGCGGCGUCUGCCGUUAAGGACGUCUUUCCGUCGUCGUCGUCUUCUUGAUGGGAUCCAAUUUCCGGUGAGGUGUGUGAUUGCAAUGCCCAAUUUUUACACCACACAAAAGUAAUGGAAGUAAUGCAAAAGCUUUGUGUAAAAUCUUUCAAUUUUGCUCUAGAUUUUUAGAUAUAUUAGAUGUUUGGCCCGUUUAUACAAGUUGAAUUUGCACAUAUUUGAAACUUUA